CAUUGAAUUCUACAUCAAGGGAAGUUGAACCUUCUACAUCAAGAGGAGUUGAACCAAAAGACAUUCUUGAUCUGAACAUAGAGGAUGACUCAGCUACAAGCAUAUUAGACAUAGUACAUAACAAUAAUGAUAAAAGUAGAAGAUACUAUGAGUGA